UGGUGGCCUGCUAGGCUAUGAAUUGUUGUGCAAUUGUGAAGAAGGAAGGAACUUAGAAAAAAACCAGGUUUCCAGGCAAGCAAACAAAAAUAAAAAAGAUGAUGAAAAACUAAAAACAAAAAACAAGCAUUAAAUUCUCUCAUUUACAGUGUUCACCUACACACUUGCCCAUUCUCUGAAACUUGAAGUUAAUGCCAUUCAUUUAAUACUCUCUCUCACUCCCAUUGCCAUUCACUACCAAUCUCAUCUUCCCUUCCCUCACUGUAAAUCCAAUCCAUACUUCUACUUCACCCAACACUCCAACACCAAUCCUUUCCUUUUCUUUCACAAAUAUCCAACAACCCAGAAGAGAAUUUUUACCAGUUUAAUCAAAGUAGUAAAAAAAAAACAGCUCAGAAAAAUGUAAUCUUGGUUCUUAAUCAUUAAUGGUUUUUGUACUACUACUUCUCAAGUUAAAACACUUAGCAACUACUCAGUUUUGAGUAAAAACUGGAGGAGGGUCUCUCUCUUUGAAGAUGUUCAGAACUUCUGGUUCAGAAAUGGAGGUUGAAGAUGAUAAAUGCAAAAACAUGGGUUUGAUCUUUUCUCAUUAGUACCAGAGAAUUCACAGUGUUUUCAGGUUUGGGUUUCUAUUAGUAUCUUCUUCCUCUUCUUCUUUUUUUCAUAAUAUGGAUCUCAGAAGUAAAGCAUACUGUAUGUACUAGUACUGAUUAAACUAAAGAGAGAAUUUGUGAUCUGGGUUUUGUAAAAUAAUGGAGAAAUAUAGAGUGCAAUUUCUUGUUAAAGUGUUGAUUUUUAUGGGUUUUCAAUUAGAUUCACUAUGGUUGAAAGUAUGUAGCUUAGGUUCAAUGUCAUCCAUUGCUGUAUCAUAUGGUGAGAAUGGACCUGUAUUUUGUGGUUUGAAAUCAGAUGAAUCUCAUAUUGUAACUUGUUAUGGUUCAGAUUCAGCUGUAAUUUAUGGAACUCCUGCUAGAUUUCCUUUUCUUGGUUUAACAGCUGGGGAUGGUUUUGUGUGUGGUCUUUUGAUGGAUUCAGACCAACCUUAUUGUUGGGGUAAUAGUAUUUACAUACAAAUGGGUGUUCCUCAACCUAUGAUGGAAAGAGCUGCUUAUUCGGAAAUUAGUGCUGGGGAUCACCAUUUAUGUGCUUUGAGGAAGCCUGAUAACCGGAGAAACCGACGGAACACUGCGUAUGUUGAUUGCUGGGGUUAUAAUAUGACUGCUAAUUAUGAAUUUGAUGGUCAGCUCAACUCAAUCUCAGCUGGUUCUGUGUUUAAUUGCGGGUUGUUUGCGGAGAAUGGGACAGUGCAUUGCUGGGGAGAUGAGACUGGGAGUGAUGUCAUUGGUUUGAUACCUGAAGCCAAGUUUGAAAUGAUCUCGGCAGGUGGUUAUCAUGUCUGUGGAAUUUUACAAGGGGAUUCUAAGGUUCUGUGUUGGGGUAAGAGUUUGAAUUUGGAGGUAGAAACUUCUGUUGGUGUUUCGUCGGGUGGAGGAAAUGUGGACUUAGCUCCUAAAGAUCCAAUGUCUUCGGUUGUAGGAGGUAGAUUCCAUGCUUGUGGGAUCAGAUUAUCUGACCGUACUGUCAUUUGUUGGGGUUUCCAUCUAGAGAAAAGUACGCCGACUCCUGAUGGGGUUAAGGUGUUUCAAGUUGCUGCUGGAGAUUACUUCACAUGUGGUGUUCUUGCGGAGCGAUCCGGUCGACCCAUCUGUUGGGGCACUGGUUUCCCUUCUUCUCUACCCUUGGCUGUCUCACCGGGGCUGUGUGUAUCUACUCCUUGCAGCAAAGGUUUUUAUGAGUUCAACCAUGGAAGUCAAACGUGCAAAUCUCCUAAUACUAGAGUUUGCUUGCCCUGCAGUAAUAGGUGUCCUACUUCUGAAAUGCAUCAGACCAGUCCGUGCACUCUGCAGUCUGACCGACAGUGUGAAUUCAACUGUUCAGCAUGUGUUUCGCGCGACUGCUUAUCAAGUUGUGGUUCUUCCGAUCCUUUGGGUGGAAAGGAAGAGAAGAAAAAGGGGAAAUUCAUGUCUUUGCAGAUGCCAAUCUUUGUUGCAGAACUAGUUUUCGCUGUGUUCUUGGUAAGUUCGGUAUCUUUAACUGCGUGCCUCUAUGUACGUUACAAAUUGCAGAAGUGUCAGUGUUCGGAAAUGGACUCAAAAGAGACGAAGAACAGUGUGAGCUCUUCAGCUGUAAGCAAAGAGACUAAUAAAAUCCGGCCUGACACGGAAGAACGUAAGAUUAGGAGAGCUCAUAUUUUCAGCUAUGAGGAGCUUGAAAAGGCCACUGGUGGGUUCAAAGAAGAAUCUCAAGUGGGGAGAGGAAGCUUUUCUAUUGUGUUCAGAGGGGUUUUAAAGGACGGGACACUGGUUGCUGUAAAAAGAGCAAUAAUGUCGGCUGAUAUUCAGAAGAACUCAAAGGAAUUCCAUAAUGAACUUGAUUUAUUAUCGAGGUUAAACCAUGCACACUUGUUAAAUCUGUUAGGUUAUUGUGAAGAAGGUAGAGAGAGGCUUCUGGUUUAUGAGUUCAUGGCUCAUGGAUCUCUGCAUCAACAUCUACAUGGCAAGAAUCCUAAUCUCAGGGAGCAAUUGGACUGGGUCAGGAGAGUCACCAUUGCUGUUCAAGCAGCUCGGGGAAUCGAAUACUUGCAUGGGUAUGCUUGCCCGCCAGUUAUUCACCGAGACAUCAAGUCGUCAAACAUACUCAUUGACGAAGAACACAAUGCUCGUGUUGCUGAUUUUGGUCUCUCUUUAUUAGGUCCUUCCGAUAGUAGCUCACCGUUAGCUGAGCCACCAGCUGGAACUCUAGGAUAUCUUGAUCCUGAGUACUACAGACUUCACUACCUCACUACGAAAUCCGAUGUCUACAGCUUUGGCGUCUUGCUCUUGGAAAUUCUAAGUGGUAGAAAAGCCAUAGACAUGCAAUUCGAAGAUGGAAAUAUAGUUGAAUGGGCAGCUCCACUGAUAAAAAACGGCGAAAUAUCUACAAUAUUGGAUCCACUGCUAAAACCUCCAGAAGAUCUCGACGCCUUAACGAGAAUCGCAAUUGUGGCCAGUAAAUGUGUUCGAAUGAGAGGGAAGGAGAGACCAUCUAUGGAUAAAGUGACAACAGCUCUGGAACAGGCUCUUGCACUUUUGAUGGGAAGUCCCAGUAUCGAUCAACCAAUAUUACCAACCGAGGUGAUUCUGGGAAGCAGUAGAAUGAACAAAAAGUCUUCACAAAGGUCCUCGAGUAGGUCAGCAUUGGAGAUGGACAUUGUAGAAGGGGAAGAUCACAGAAUAGAGUUUCGAGCUCCUUCAUGGAUCACAUUCCCAAGUGUUGCUUCCUCGCAGAGAAGGAAAUCUUCGGUUUCAGAAGCCGACGUACUGGAUGCAAAGAACUUGGACCAGAAAAACCAGGGAAAUGCAGUUGUCGGAGGUGAUGGUUUGAAAAGUUUAGAGGAAGAGAUUAAACCUGCUUCGCCUCGACAGAAUUUGUUUUUGCAGCAUAACUUCUAAAAGAAGAAAUGGUGAGCUCUAUGAUGAUAUCUUGGUGGGUUCAGUCAGAUUUGGAUCUUAUUUUGAGGUUUAUGCAAGAAAAAAUGUAAAAAAGAAAAGGACAGAUAGUAAUUUUCUUGUGAAUGAAUUACUACUGCUGAUCCUUUUAAAUGUGUCAUUAGCGUAACUUUUCUAGGUAAAUUUUUAGCUUCUUGUUGUAAUUGUUUGUAUUCUUCUGUGUAAUUUUUUUGUUCCUUUUGCCAAUUUUCUGAAUCAAGAAGCAGUGCAACAUAUAGUCAUGUAUCCUUUAUGAA